GUGCGAGCAGGAGAACGUGUGCCGUCGUCGUGUUGUUGCUGUUUUGCUGCAGUACUGCACACUCUCCUCGUCUAUAGGCUCUGGUUUACUUGGGCCAGCGACAGUCUGAAGGGAUCGCGGGACACGUAGACGCCAUGACGUCCACGCAGAGAGCUGAGGCGCUGUUCGACUUCGAGGCUACGGCCGAAGUAGAGUUGAAGAUGCGGAAAGGCGAUGUGGUGGUGGUGAAGCGAAUGAGCGUCGGGGAAGGCUGGUGGGAGGGAGAACUGAACGGCAAGAGGGGCCUCUUCCCGAGCUCCUUCGUGAAAUUGCUGCCUGCAGUUCAGGAACCGAUGGAAAUCCCCACCUCUCCCCCUGCCCCUCUCACUCCUCACUCCACCAAGAAGGCCUUCAUGGACACGAUGCUCGCGCCUGAGCCCACCUUGGACGAGAUUUACGACGACGAGAGAGCGAGGGAGGUCUUCGUUACUGGACACCAUGUGGUAUCCAUCGAGGUGGGUCCGAGGUGGAAGAGUCGGCCUCCGAAGCUGACGGUGGUCGUCAAGGAGCCGCAGACGGAGCCCCGGUUCAGCGGAAUGAAGCACGUGACGUUGUACGACGUCGACACUAGAGAAUUGGGCAGCUGUGUUCCCCGAAAGUACAAGCAGUUCCUCUGGCUUUACGACAGACUGGCUGAAAAUUUCCCCUGCAUUUCUCUCCCGCCUCUACCAAUCAAGCAAGGCUCAGGCAAGGAAAGAGGCAAGGAAGGCCGCAGAAAAGGACUGGAGAAUUUCUUGCGCAAGGUUGCCCGCCAUCCCGUCCUGGGCUGCACUAGAUUCCUGAAGGUUUUCUUGACAGAAGACACCAAGUCAGACAAGGAGUGGAAGAUCGGCAGGCAUCUGAGCGGGCACAGCCACAAUAUAAAGCUACCCAAGACACCCAGAAAGCUGUUCCACGCUCCAGUCUACUGUACCGUCAAAUACCCUCCCUACAACGUCCCAGUCAGCCAAUUAGCGUCGAUCGAAAAGUUUUCGAGGUUCAGUCGACUUCUAGAGAGUAACGUGAACACCCUCCACGUGGCGUGUAGGGGAGUCACAAUGUCGCAGCGAGACAUGCUGUCCAAGGUCAACCUUCUAGCCAAGGACCUCAAGUGUUUUGGCAAGGGAGUGGAAUCUACUGGCGGAGCCCAUCGCCGUAAGCUGCAAGCCAAGGUAUCGGUGACGGGUGUGUCCUCGGUGCCCCUCCCCCCAGUGAGUCUCCAGAGCUCCGCCCACACCACGGGGGGCAGCAGUAAUGACCUCCUGGGGGGUCCAGGGGGCGAUGGGCAGGAGGAGAGCAGUGGGGGAGAGGAAGGAGACACGGGGCCUCCGCAGUGGAACUGGAGGGACGACACGAGGUUUGGACACAUUAUUCUAAGAGAUUACCAUAAAACAGGUGUGCGUCAGUUGGAAUGCGUACUGAAUAAGUCAGACAUCUCGUCCUUUGAAAUAUACGCACGUAAGGAGCCCUCGGGCCCUUUACAUGAUGACCUCGCUACACUCAGAGUGCCACAAUGCAAGGGCCCUCAGGCUUUUAACGCAUGUAGAUUUAGGGACUCGCCAAUUGUAUAUAUAUACAGGUUCAGCUCGAUGUUGAGUCAGUUGCUGGAGCUGGCCUCAGGGCUGCAGAAGAUGUGGCGAGUGUUCCACUCCCACCAGGACUCCAUGGAGACCGAGGUGAUGGAGACACUCCAGGAGUACUCCGGAGUAAUCAACACCCUCCCCGGUCUCGUGCGGCUUCACGAGGAGGCCAUGGAGUACUACAACUCCAGUAAAACGAAGGACUCUAAAACUGAAGCAGAGGAAGUGCGACAGAACUGCGAGACACUCAACAACAUUCUCCUGUCGGAAUUUGACUACUUCAGCAAUCACCUGGUCAACGACUUCCCCGCCAUGAUCCAGCGCCUCCUUCUACAACAGAGCAACUUCCACAGAAAAAUGGCCGAAGAGUGGAGCUCACUCCAUGCAAGAUACUCUGAGCAAAUCUCAUCAUCAGACACCCCCGUUCAAACCUCCUCCUCCUCCUCCUCUUCCACACUGCCGAGAAAUCACACAACCUCUGCCUCCCAACCCCACCUGCACACCCUCCAUCCUCCUUCCCCCGCCUCACAGGGGGCGCCCUCUGACCUCUUGACCUCCUCCGGGGGGAGCUACAGUCAGGACGACGUCGUCGGCUACACCGCACCCAACCCCCACCACCUACACUACCCCAGUCAGUCCCAGUCUCACCCCAACAUCCACAGUCUAGGGCUCGCUUCAAAACCCCCAGUCAACGACAAAACAGCGACAGAUGACGUCGAUGCGAAAUCCGGUCUCACUAGCAGUUCGGACUCUCACGCCGAGACUGCCACGCCCCCUACUGAAGUUGUCGCAGAGCCUCCGAGAAGCCCACGAAGUUACGUGAAUUUUGACAUCGACGAGCUGAACGAGACGAGUGUUGCGAGUCGAGACCAGCGUCUCAAUCGACUCUCGCCUCUUGAGCUGUCCAUAGAGAAGGAGCUGGAGAAGACGCACGGAAUGACACCGACCAGCGAAGAGAAACAGGUGGGGGACCUGGCAGAGCUACACCCGUACGCCAACUGGCAGUUCGAGAAGAUGAACGAAAAGGCGCAUAAGGCGCCUGCGGCUGCGAGCACGACGCGAACGAAACCGCUCCUAAAUGGCGUUCCGACGGGGAGACAGGAGAGCAAAUCGACCACCGGGAUCAGCUUCUCUCCACCGAGAAAACCGUUGAAGCCUCCGUCGCCAUUUAGACUACAGAACCUCUCUGACCUUACCUCCAUCGAUAGCUCUUCCUCUGUUACUCCCUCGAGAGAGACAUCCUCGCCUCAGAAAUUGUCUAAGUCUUCCGAAGAAGAUGAGAGUCGGGGAAGGGGUGGUAAAUCGUCAGGGAAGGGACACGGUACUGCAAAAGUCUAUGAGGAUUUAGGCAGUAGAGGAGGAUCGGCCAGAAACCCUGACCAGAUUCUUCCCUCGCAGCUGAAUCUUGGAGGGAAACCGAGGAGCUACACGACAACUUCUCAACUCCUGGCAAAGAAGAAACCGCUUGUUCCUCCCGGUGGAAGCGGUGGCGGUGCGGGGAAGCGAGGCUCAUUGAAGUCUCGUCUGGGGAAACGCCACCACCAAACGGAGGGUUCUGGCGGGACAGAGAUGCUGGAAGAACUCGAGCGUAGCUACGAAAAGGAGCCCUCCGCGAACCCGUCGUCGUCGAGUAGAGGUGCGUUUUCGAGUCCGGGACAAGAGUCUGGGAAGGAAACGGUGGCGGCAACAAAGCCAGGAUCUGAGCUACUGCGUAAGUUGACCCUACGACGACAGAGAUUGGAGCAGCAGAUGAUGGCAUCAGGUAGUAAGCACACAUCCGGCAGCAGUACCACUACGGGAGGAGGGGACAGUUCUACACGGACUUCCACCUCGAGCACGCAGUCGGAGCUCGUGUGUUCGUACAACAUGAAGAGAUCGCAAGAUGACAUCUCCAGUGCUGGUGGUGGUGGGCAGUCGUCUGUUGCCGAUAUUGAACUCCGAUCGAAAGAUGAAGGGUCCUUGGCAAAGUAUGGCAUAAUGGAGGAAGGGGGCACCUUUGAAAUUUAA